AAACUUUUUGGAUUGAUUGCUAUUAUGUCAAUUAUGACUCAUUUCAAACUGAUGGUGCCUCUAAAUCUGUUUUGAAUAACGAUAACUUUCCAAUACCAAAAUUUGUGAUUACUGAAAAUGAAGAUUUACAAACUUAUGGAGGCCUCAUAGAUGUGACGGAAAAAGCACUUGAAAUUCUUAAAAGACCAACGGCAUAA